AAAAAGGGGUAUUUGAUAGUUGAGGUGCAUAUAGACUGAAGUUAUGUGAGGAAUUUGGUCUGAGCGGUGAAGUAGCUCAUCGGCGGCGGCUCUAUUGGAUGGUGAACGAGAACGGCGUAUGACAAAUCCUCUGUUUGGAGGUUUUCGAAGACUUGCCUUACUUUCACUUAGCAAGCCUUUCUUCUCUUCUUCUACCUUUUCUAGGCAUUUAAGUUUGUCCAAUUUAGUUAGACCAAUUCUUGGAAAUCCAGAAAAGUUUUUGAACUUGUCAAGGUUAGUGCUUAAGGAGAGGUUAAUCCAACAAAACCCCUGUUGGGAAUCAAGGAACUUUAGUCAUGGAAGAUUGGAUUUUGUGAUGACAAGAGAUGGGAAACUAAAGUUUGAGGAACAUGAAGUGGAGGCACCAAAGACGGAGAAAUGGAAGACAAAGAAGAAGCUGAAGCUGCAAAGGAAGAGGGAGAAGAAGAAGAGAAAAGCUGCCAACAAAAGAGAUCCGAGAAGACUUGGUGUUCAGGGGAAGAAGAAGAAGCAGAAGUUUGACACUGCUGAAGAAAGAAUCAAACAGAAGAUUGAAAAUGCAAAAGUCAAAGAAGCUAUGCUAAUUGAGAGACUAAAGAGAUAUGAGGUUACCAAAGUUCAAGGUCCCGAGGUUAAGCCGCAUUUUCUCACUGGUGAAGAACGAUUCUAUAUUAAAAAGAUGGCACAAAAAAAGUCUAAUUAUGUGCCUAUUGGCAAAAGGGGAGUCUUUGGAGGUGUUAUUCUUAAUAUGCAUCUACAUUGGAAAAGACAUGAAACUGUCAAAGUCAUAUGCAAACCCUGCAAACCUGGUCAAAUUCAAGAAUAUGUUGAUGAAAUUGCAAGACUGAGUGGUGGCAUUCCGAUUCAGAUAAUUGCAAAUGAUACCAUCGUUUUUUACCGAGGAAGGGAAUAUGUGCAGCCUGAAAUUAUGUAUCCUAUUGAUACACUAUCGAAGAAGAGGGCGUUGGAAAAAUCAAAAUACGAGCAAUCGCUAGAGUCUGUGAGACAUUUCAUUGCCAUUGCUGAGAAGGAACUUGCACUCUACUAUAGACAUGUUGCCCUAUACGAUGACCCAAAUAAUCGGAGUGCUUACUCCAUCCUUGCUGAUUCAUGUAGUACAAGAGAAAAACGAAAUGAUGAAAUAGGAGAGGAGAACUAUUCAGCAGACGAAUCUAUUUCCUUGGAUCUCGAGUUACCUCAAAUUGAUGAUUAUUGCUCGGAUGAUAAACAAUCUUUAAGCGAAUAUGAAUUUGAGGAUACUGAUGAAUCAAGUAGUGAUGAGUUGGAUUCUGGGGAGGAGGAAACUAGUAAUUACUGCGGUAGCAUAUGGGGAAAUUAUUGAAUAUUGAGACUUGAAAUAAUGUGGUUUUAAUUCUUGAUCUGAUAAUUGAGGGAUUGGAAUAGAAUAGACUUUUUCAAUUCUAAAUCUUCUGUUUGGUUAUCGUGAAAUUGGCACAAAAACUAGAACUUGAUCUUUAAUUUUUUAACCCAAGAUAGAUCAUAUUUCUUAUGUCAAUAUUUCUAUUUUCA